GGAAGUGCAUCGCGUCUUUACAAAGUCAAAGCAGCUCACUUGACGCUGGUGAGCUCUCGGCUAACAACAAUGAGAAGUGCUAGCUUUAUAAGCGUGCCAUCGUAUUUGACUGCGCUUCAUUAAGGUUGUAACUCGCCCACCGUCACAACUGGAUGCAGAGACCACUGGUCUUAUCAGCACAUAAGACGAUCCGUGUCGGCCUCCAGCGUCAGCAACUUCGGAGAGCGUGUGGAGCCCUUUGUGUCGCGCCGUGCUUUAAACCUCCAUCGCCAGCUGUCCACGCGCUACAUCUCUGCCGGCAAAUCCACCAUUUCUCCUUGGUGUCCCGACUCCUGCCGAACGACCCUCCCCGGCUCUCCCUGCGUCAGCGUUUCUCGGACAUGGCGGAACAGAGGUUCAUCGUGGAGUACGCCAAACGCGGCACGGCGGGAUGCAAGAAGUGCAAGGACAAAAUCCCAAAGGAAGUGGUGCGCAUCGGGAAGGUCGUGCCCAACCCCUUCAGCGAGUCCGCGGGGGAGAUGAAAGAGUGGUACCACGUGAAGUGUAUAUUUGAGAAGCUGGAAAAGGCGCGAGCCACCACCAAGAAGAUUGAGGACAUCACAGAUCUGGAGGGCUGGGAGGAGCUGGAGGACCAAGACAAAGAGAUCAUUAAUAAACAUGUUUCAGACCUGAUGGCCAAAGUCAGCGCCGGUCCAAAGAAGAAGACGACGCCGGCCAAGACGAACGCCUCCGCUCACCUCAUGGCUCCUCCUGCCGACCCGUCUCUCAACGCGCCGCGGAAGUUCUCGGGCUUCACCGCUGCGAAGGCCGGCAGCUCCGGCAGCCCGGGACCGUCCUCUCCCUCGGCCAAUGGCAGCGGAGGCAGCCCCCUGUCCGCCCAGCUGUGCGACCCCCAGCACAAGGACUGCCUCUUCAGGGAGUUUCGCAAGCUGUGCGCUAUGGUGGCCGAACAAAACAGCUACAACGUCAAGACGCAGAUCAUCGAGAAGUUCCUCAGGAAGGGCUCGGCUGGAGAUAAGUUCCACGGAGAUCUUUACCUCACGGUGAAGCUGCUGCUGCCGGGCGUCGUGAAAAGCGUCUACAACCUCAACGACAAGCAGAUCGUGAAACUCUUCAGCCGCAUAUUCCGGAGCAACCAGGACGACAUGGUGCGCGAUCUGGAGCAGGGCGAUGUGUCUGAAACGGUGAGGAUGUUCUUCGAGGAGAGUAAAUCCUUCCCGGCGGCGACCAAGAGCCUCCUGACCAUCCAGGAAGUGGACGCCUCGCUCACCCGCCUCGCCCAGCUGACCAAGGAGGACGAGCAGCAGACCGAGUUGGAGGAAAUCACCAAAAAAUGCACCAGUAAUGACCUGAAAUGCAUCGUUCGGCUUAUUAAACACGACUUGAAGAUGAACUCUGGAGCAAAACACGUCUUGGAUGCCGUGGAUCCGAAUGCGUACGAUGCCUUCAAGGCCUCGCGUAAUCUGGGCGACGUGGUGGAACGCGUGUUGAGGAACCAGCAGGAGUCGUCCAACGGCUCGGGACCCAGGAAGCUCCUCACCGUGGAGGCCUCGCUCAUGACCCCCGUUCAGCCCAUGCUGGCGGAGGCGUGUAAAUCCAUCGAGUUCGCCAUGAAGAAAUGCCCCAACGGGAUGUACUCGGAGAUCAAGUACGAUGGAGAGCGGGUGCAAGUCCACAAGAACGGCGACGUCUUCAGCUACUUCAGCCGCAGCCUCAAGCCCGUGUUGCCACACAAAGUGGCCCAUUUCAAGGAGUACAUCCCUCAGGCGUUCCCCGGAGGCCACAGCAUGAUAUUGGAUGCCGAAGUCCUUCUAAUUGACACAAAUACCAGUAAACCCCUUCCCUUUGGGACCCUGGGUGUUCACAAGAAAGCCGCCUUCCAAGACGCCAAAGUGUGCCUUUUUGUUUUCGACUGCAUCUACUUCAACGGCGUGAGUCUCAUGGAGAGGCCUCUGUGUGAACGCAGGAAGUUCCUGCACGACAACAUGGUGGAGGUGACCGACCGGAUCCUGUUCUCGGAGAUGAAACACGUCACCAGGGCAGGAGACUUGGCUGAAAUGAUAACUCGAGUCAUCAGAGAGGGACUUGAAGGCCUGGUUCUAAAAGACUUGAAGGGCUCCUAUGAACCGGGGAAGCGCCACUGGCUGAAGGUGAAGAAGGACUAUCUGAACGAAGGCGCCAUGGCGGACACGGCUGACCUGGUGGUGCUGGGGGCCUUCUACGGGAAAGGCUCGAACGGGGGCAUCAUGUCCAGUUUCCUGAUGGGAUGCUUCGACCCGCACUCCAAGAAAUGGUGCACAGUCACCAAGUGCUCCGGCGGCUACGACGACGCCACCUUGGCCCGCCUCCAGAAAGAGCUGGACGUGAUCAAAAUCAGCAAGGAACCGAGCAAGAUCCCAGGCUGGCUGAAAAUCAUCAAGAACUAUUAUCCAGAUUUCAUCAUUCGUGAUCCUCAGAAAGCACCCGUCUGGGAGAUCACAGGAGCAGAGUUUUCCAAAUCAGAGAUGCACACGGCCGACGGCAUCUCCAUCCGCUUCCCCCGAAUGACGCGCAUCCGCGACGACAAGGACUGGAAGACCGCCACCAACCUGAACCAGCUUAAGGAGCUCUUCCGCAUAUCGAAGGAGAACUGUGACUUCCACGUGACCGCCGGACCGUCGGCAUCCGCCAACGACAAGGGCUCCUCGGGGGGGGACAGCGGGGGGGGCUCGCCGCCGCCCACGGCCCGCAAACCUCCACCCAAGAAGACCAACAGCACACCCAAAACAAAGGUGGUGAAAUCCCAGCCGCGCACUCCUGGAUUAGAAGCACCCGGUGCGAAGAAGGUGAAGAAGAGUGAGAGCGUCGAGUGCAGUAAUGGACAAACCAAGACGAAGCCGACCUCGACGCUACUGGAGCCAAGAAAUGACAAAACGCUGCUGGACAUCUUCAGCGGGGUGAAGCUCUUCCUGCCCGUCUCCCUGCAGGACGUCGACAAGCUGCGGCGCUACUUCGUGGCGUACGACGGCGACGUCGUCCCGGACUACGACGCCUCCUCCGCCACGCACACGCUGGCGGCGCCCGAGGACGACCACGAGGCCCAGAGAGUCUCGCCCGCGUGGAUCUGGGAAUGCAUCCGCAAGCGGCGGCUCGUACCCGCCUGUUAACGAUGAGGAUUAAAAAAAACACACAUUUUUUUGUAUGCACCGGUUGACACACACACCAAUGUUAUAAUUAUGGAAUUAUUUGGACCCCAAAAAAGGUCAGAUCACGUACACUAGGGGUCAAUGACACUCUGCUUCUCAGGUCAUUUAAUGUAUCGUUUCCCUUCUUUUGGGGUUUUUUUGCGCACUUACAAACUAGCAGAGGACACGUGCGUAUGAAAUGUGCCGCGUAUGAAAUGUGCCGCAGAUGUCGAUUAAAAAGCAGGAAAUGCGAAUCAUGAAAUGUAUCGUUUAAAACUCAUUUGUUUACCACUAGGAAUAAACAUAAUAUAAUGUCUGACGAUUUA